AUGGCAGCAGACCACACCAACACCAACCCGUUAGAUGAGCGGUUCGAAACCCUCGUCCAGGAGACAUUGAAUUACUGGCACGUUCCAGGCAUUUCAAUCGCAGUAGUCGAUGGAGACAACACCUGGGCCAAGGGGUACGGCAUUGCGACCUUCCCCUCUGAGCCCGUAACCCCUUCAACGCUCUUCUAUGCCGGAAGCACCACGAAAGCUUUCACCGCAGCCUUGAUGGCCACCUUCGUCGAAGACAACGACACCCAUCCCCAAGUACACUGGGACACGCCCAUCAGCCACCUCAUCCGCGACGACUUCGUCCUACACGACGAGCACACAACCGAACACACCACCAUCGAAGAUGCCCUAUCCCAUCGCUCAGGCCUCCCCCGUCACGAUCAAGCCUACGGCAACCGUCUCACCCGCGACAAAGCCGUACGAACAAUAGUGCGUCAGUUGCGCCAUCUCCCACUAACCGCUCCUCCGCGCACCAAACUCCAAUACUGCAAUCUCAUGUACGUCGUCGUCUCUCACGUCAUCGAGACCCUCACCGGCGGAGAAUGGCUAGGCGACACCCUAGCUCGCACCAUCUGGCAACCCCUUGACAUGAAAUCCACAUUCUUUGACCUCAACAACGCCAAAGCAUCCCCUCACCACCUAGCACACGGAUAUUACCAUACCCCAAGCGACAAGGGCAGCGACAGCCACUACCACGAAGUCCCCUGGAUGCCACUAGACGAAAUCUCCGGCGCCGGAAGCAUCAUCACCAACGUCCUCGAUUACGCAAAAUGGGCGCGCGCACUACUUAACCAAACCGAGCCUUUAUCGCCCGCCGUAUACAAAGCAAUCUUCGAACCGCGAACUGUUCUGCCUCCCGAGGCGCCGUUCACGGGCCCGCGAGCAUACGCUCUGGGCUGGUAUACGGGCGUAUACCAAGGCGUGCAGUUCUUCGAGCAUACAGGGGGGAUGAAUGCGUUCGGGGCCGAGAUAAUCUUAUUCCCGAGCUUGAAGUAUGCGGUUGUCAUGUUGGCGAAUACAGCCGGGACGUCGAAUUACGCGCAGAAGGCGCUGGCAUUUCGGUUGGUGGAUGAGAAACUUGGUGUGCCGGUUGAGAGGAGGUUUGACUGGAAUGCGAAGAAUAUGGCACACAUAGAAGAGGAGAAGAAAAAGGCCCUCGAUGCUAUUCAUAAGGUCCCCGCGCAUGUGAUUCCGCACUCGUUAGACCUACACGAAUAUGUUGGGACGUAUGUGCAUCCGGGCUAUCAGACUGUUGAGAUUUAUCUUGAUCGGUCGAAAAGUACACUACGGGCUGACCGGGAUCGUACAACUUGGCCGGAGUAUCUGAGCUUCAAACAUGUCAAUGGGGAACAUUUUCUCGCUAUAUCGGAGCAUGUUGGAGACUUGGGGGCUUUCUUUCCUGAUGUGUAUGCGGCGGAAUUUCGAAUUGGGGAAAAGGGGAAGCCGUCCGCGCUUGGAGUGGCGUGGGAGAAGACUAUGAAGGAGAAGAUAUGGUUUACGCGGUCGGAUUAA